AUGGACGACGACGAAUUCGGCGCUGACGCAGACUUCCUCGCAGCUCUAGCAGCAUCAGUAAAUCCAGCUCCAUCUCGUAUCCAACAACCUAUCCCUCAACGACUCGACCGCGCCCCUCCACCUGCAACGACUAACUCCUCCGGCGCUUCUAAAGUAAUACAGCCAACGCCUCAAGCUAUAGCCUCGCGAACAACCGGGUCCUCGAUCCUCGUCUCCCCUCGCCAGAAAGGCAAUCCAAUCCUCACGAACCUCCGCUCCUUCGCCUGGGAGUACUCUGAUAUCCCCGCGGAUUACGUCCUCGGCGCCACGACCUGCGCCCUCUUCCUCUCUCUCAAAUACCACCGCCUACACCCGGAGUACGUAUACAACCGCAUCAAAGGCUUGCAAGGGAGAUACAAUCUACGUGUUCUUCUCACACUUGUCGAUAUCGGGAAUCACGAGGAGAGUCUGAAAGAGCUGUCCAAAACAAGUCUGGUUAACAAUGUCACGGUGAUAUUAUGUUGGAGCGCGACGGAGGCGGCUAGAUAUCUGGAACUAUACAAGAGCUACGAGUUUGCGAAUUCCAGUGCGAUUAGAGGGACGGAGAGUAAAGGCUAUGCGGAGAAGAUGGUGGACUUUGUAACUGUGCCGAGGAGUAUUAAUAAAACGGAUGCGGUCUCGCUAGUUAGUGCGUUUGGGAGUAUCAGAAAUGCGAUCAAUGCGAGGCCGGAGGAGGUUGCUAUUAUAGGCGGAUGGGGUGAGAAGAAGGUCAGGAGGUGGUGCGCUGUUGUUGACGAGCCCUUUAGAGCAAGGAAAGCGACGAAGAAAGGCGCGGGGAGUACUGCCGGAGAAAGUAUACUGGACAGAGCACUGCCGCUGAGUAUAGUCCCUUUGAGGAGUAUGCCCUCUGCCGGGGAAGAUGCUACUCCUGGAACUGUGACGUCUCGAGUCAUGCAGAAGAAGUCGCAGGAACUCCAGGGCUCAAGAACGACCCCCGGGUUAGCGGAACAGUUCCAUCUCUGGGAUCCAGAAGAUGACGACGACGACGAUGAUGAUGAUGAUGAGAAUGAAGCUAUGAUAGCAGUGGCGGAAGAGGAAGAGAGGAGGCAGGUAGUAGAGAAGAAGAGAUUACACGCGCAAAGAGACGAAGAGUUGAGCGGUGGUGUGGCAGCUGCACUAGCGAAGCUACGUCAGAUUAAUUGA